AUGGGAGGAAGAAUACAUGGCUUCUUAGGAGGUGUUUUAUUGACCUCUGCGCUCACAUACUAUACCGGCGAGUACUUCAAGAAGAAUCAACAAUUCAUAUCACACCAGCUCAGAGUAUCUGACAAUACUAUCAACAACAGAAUACUCUCUGAUCAUGACUUGAAGAAAGAACUUAUUCCUAUAGAUAAGCGUAUCGGUGCAACCACUAGGGUCAACUUUUCUGAGACCUGCAAGGAUAUCUGGAACGAUGAGAUUAUCAAGAUGGUGAAUUGGGUGUAUGGCAUUAACUGGUACCAAUGGGGCCUUACCGCUGAUAAAAAGUUACUCAGUAUUUCUGACAAGAUAGCUAACUCUAUCACAGAAAAGAAGUAA